AUGCUCUCCCGGACGAGCUCCCGAACGGCCUCCUCCCUUCUCCGCUCGGCCAGCAACAGCUCUCCCGCCCAUCUCCUCCCGGCCAUCACAACCACUACCACCACUGCUCUCCGCACAGAAUCGCCUUUCCUAUCCUCAAGGAAAUUACGGCGUGGGUCACCAGCCAAGAUCUACUACCGCCGCCUCCACUCCACGCCCGUUCUCCGCAAGGGGAUCACACCCGGUUCCGCCGACCCUGCCCCGCCCAAGGUCGAAUCGUCAAAUCCAAAUAUCGCUGGCGGAGCAAAUCACGUCAUGCAACCGUCGCCAUUGACGGACGAACAGUACCGUGAAUAUUCAGAGCAUUAUUUCAACCUCCUACUAUCACAGAUCGAACAAUUACAGGAGGAUGGUUCGGAUGUCGAGGCAGAGUAUAGCGCUGGCGUCAUCAACAUCACCGUCCCCAACUCCGGCGUCUAUGUGCUCAACAAACAGCCACCCAACAAGCAGAUAUGGCUCAGCUCACCCUUAUCGGGCCCCAAACGCUACGAUUGGGUUGUGCAAGGUGACCAUAUGGAUGAGAAGGAAGGCACACGCGAGUUCAUCAAGGGCCAAUGGAUCUAUCUGCGCGACGGCUCGAACUUGACCACCUUGCUCAAUGAGGAGUUGAACCUGGGCAUAAAGUAUGAUGUCUACGAAGAAACUGAGGUUUAG